AUGGCGAAAGAAGAAUACCUCAGCAAAAUGGACAGCAUACUCUCCGACACCUCCAAAUUCAAGAAAAUACGCCGCAAUCCUACAGACGACAUAAAGAAGAAAAUCAACGCCACCUGCAGAGCCAUCAACAUCGCUACAAAGAGCACACGCUUUCCGAAGCUGACCGGGGAGUUUUCUCCCGGGUGCGCCUACGGCAACGUAAAAACACACAAGACAGGAAACCCACUCCGCCCCAUCAUCUCCCAGAUCCCGACAGCCACCUACACCGUCGCCAAGAAACUCAACGAGAUCCUCGCCCCGUACACCCCGAUGAGCCACGCCCUAACGUCCACCAAUGACUUCCUGGAGAUCCUAAGAACUGCCCCACCUGCCGACAACCACAUCAUCGCUUCUCUCGAUGUCGAGAGUCUGUUCACCAACGUGCCCGUGAACAGGACUAUCCAGAUCAUCAUGGACCGCGUCUACAGAUGUGAAGAGACGGAACCCCUAGACAUACCGGAAGAGGACCUACGCACACUCUUAGAGAUAUGCACUAAAGAAGCUCCCUUCACCUGCCCCCGCGGAGAUAUGUACUGCCAAGUGGAUGGUGUUGCUAUGGGAAGCCCACUUGGUGUGCUCUUCGCCAACUUCUUCAUGGGAACCAUCGAAUCCAUGGCCCUCAAGGACCAACAACCCUCCAUCUACGCCCGAUACGUCGACGACAUAUUUAUCAGAGUGAAAAACAUAGAUGAACUACAGAAACUUAAGCAGCAGCUCAGCAACAUCUCCGGCCUCAACUUUACCUUUGAAGAAUCACAAGAAGGACGCCUGCCAUUCCUCGACGUACUAGUAUCUCCACAAGACUCAGGAUUCAACACCUCAGUUGAAGUGACCCAGGCCAUCAACUGCGCCCUAGAGAAAUGGUACAACCCUGCAACCACUUCUACAAACCAAAACAACAUCAAUCUCUACUACAGGAACUACAUGUCCACCGAGUACAAGACAGAUGAAAGAGUGAUCAAAGAUAUCAUCCACAAGAAUGUGAAACCAACAAACGCAGAGCAAACCAUAUCACUCAUCAUCUACUACAAGACCUCCAAAACAGCCAACCUACUAAUCAAGAACCGCCAAACACCACCACCGGCCCCUCUUCAGGAAGACCACGUCAUCUACGAGCACACCUGCGCUUAUUGA